AUGGAAUACGACAAGUCAAACAGAGUCGAUAAACGGAAGGUUUUAUCUGAACGCAAUACUGUCGAUGCAAGAAACAGACAACCACAAGGGACUGCGAGAUUUCCUGGAAUCUCUAAUUCUAAAAAUGCUUUUAGCCAAUCCGGAAAUGGACACUUUCAUCUUGUUUCCUCUGGAGAUGCAACAGGCAAUGAAGAAAAUCAGAAAGAAAGCUACAUAGACCUUUCUCGUGUGAAAAAAGAGCCGAGGGUAAAUAUACACAAGCUCGAAAAGAAGAAGGAAGAGGAGCCUCGUGAUUCCCAAAACGACGAAAACAGUGCCACAAAGCGAAAAAAAGUUGAAAAUCCGGAAAAUGACACAUCUUUCGAUGCAGACUCGGAAAUGCUAAAUGACAUGCAGGAUACCAGAAUGCCCUGGGACGAAAAUGCCGCAUUUGAAUUCGGAGACCUAUCGCCAAGCUUAACUGAUCUUAUAUUUAAACCAAGGCCAAAUAAAAUCUGCCGUCCACCCAACGCAUUCAUGCUUUUCGCCAAGGAACAUAGGCGUCAGGUUGGAAUGGAUCAUCCGGAUGAGACUAAUCGCCAAAUUAGCAUAAUUUUGGGAAAUAUGUGGAGAGAUUUGAGCGAUGAAGACAAAAUGAAAUAUUAUAAGGAGGCACAAGCCCUGGAAAAGUUACACAAAGAGACCUAUCCAAGUUAUGUCUACAGCCCUAAUGAAGCCAGGAUGAGAAAACAAAGUAAAGCAGAAAGGAAGCAAAAGCUGAAGGAGACACCUCCCAGUUCCAAAACUUUCUUCGUCUCUGAAGAUAGCGGUGGGUCACCCCAAAGCAGCAAAGACGCCCAAGAUGUCUUUUUAUAG